AUGGCUCGAGCGCCCCUCGCCCUCUCACCAGCUCUGCCUUCCGAGCUCCUCACUUAUAUCCUCUCCCAGUCCUCUCAGCCAAUAACGCUUAUAAUCUGCCAGCCACGCGCUGCAUUCCUCUCCUCCCUGCGUGACUCCGUCACCACCCAAGAAGACCCCCCAGACCAUGAAAAUGGAAAUGGAAUUGAAAGCCCCGCGGAGCAUCAUCCACUGCUCGUCCCAACACUGCGCCAGAUCGCGACGGCGAGGCACGUGAAAGUGGUCUUCAUACCUACCGUCUCGCAUCUACGGGCGUACCUAUCUGUAUUCCCAAAGGAAGAGCGUGAUUAUGAUUCUGGGCAAUUAGGCGAGGCGAAGAAGAAGACGCCGCUUCCAUUGUUAGUUGUGUACGGCCUGGUAGAGAUGCAUCGAGAUACGAGUGAGUGGAGCGCGCAGGGGCUGGGGAAUAGUGUAGCGGGGUUGGUGGAAGCGGGGUGGAGGGGGGCGUUGGAGAUUGUUGUUGUGGAGCGGAAGGGUGAUGGUGAGGGUGGUUUGGAUCUAGAAGAUGGUCUGGAGAUGGGGGAUGCGCGGAAGGUUUGGGGACAGAGGAUGCCGAUGCUGAAUGGGAGUGUGAGGCGUGUGGGGAUGGGAAGUGAGGAUGCUGGGUGGAGUGGUAGGACUGUGGAGGUUGGGAGGGUUUUGGGGAGGUGGUUUAGGUUUCGGAAAGGGAGUUGGGAGGGUGAGGUAUAG